AUGGCCACAUUUGAAAAGGAGAAGCAUGUACGCUACUUUGUGUCCAAUUUGCGCAUGCUACCCACGCCCUACACUGAAACCGAGACCAACCGUAUCACGCUCGGGUUCUUUUGUUUGGCAGCUUUGGAUUUGAUGGGUGAACUUGAGACAGCUUUAUCCGAGCAAGAUAGACUCGAUUGGAUCGAAUGGAUCUAUGCACAACAAGUAUUGCCUACAGCCGAAGAACCAGGUACCAAAUCAAUGUCUUUGGAAUACAAUGUGGCUAACGCUGGAUUUAUGCAUCCAUUAGACUUGAACAAGGCACGCUGUGGAUUUAGAGGAUCAUCUUUCUCAGGUAUACCCUUUGAUCCAAAUGCUACCCAUACCGAGCACAUACCCUAUGAUUCAGCCCAUAUUGCCAAUACCUACACGGCUUUGAUCAAUCUUUUAUUACUUGGGGAUGAUCUUUCUCGUGUCAACCGAGAGGCUAUUGUGGAAUCCAUUCGUCAUUUGCAACAAAAGGAUGGCAGCAUUAUCCCAGCGGAAGGCAGUCUAGAAAAGGAUGCUCGGUUUCUGUUUUGCGCAUGUGCAGUCUCAUACAUGUUGAAUGAUUGGAGUGGACUUGAUUUGGAUCUAUCUCUACAAUAUGCAAAGCGGUUGCAGACCUAUGAAGGCACCUUUGGACAAGCUCCUGAUAAUGAGGCUCAUGGUGGAUCUACAUUUUGUGGUGUUGGCGCUUUGACGUUGAUGGGCAAGCAAGAGGAAGGAAUACUAAGGAAAGAAAAGAUGAUUCGAUGGUGCUUGAAUCAGCAGACAACCGGGUUCGCUGGACGGCCAAACAAGGAUGCUGAUACCUGCUAUUGUUUUUGGAUUGGUGCUGCCCUUGAGAUGUUGGGAGCCUUUGAUAUGGUGAAUCAUUCCAAUUGUCGUGAAUUUUUACUCUCCUGUCAAACCAAAAUUGGAGGAUUUGCAAAAGCCCCAGGAAACUUACCAGAUGUGAUGCAUUCCUACAUGGGUGUAGCUGCUCUCUCUUUGAUGAAGGAACCAGGCAUUGGUCCUAUUGUAGCAUCCAUCAAUGCACCACUCACUGCCAUGGAACGAUUACGCAAUACUCGUUUUCACCAGGAGCCUACGACUUCCCCAUAA